AUGCUUGUGUGUGGGUCGGCCCGCGGCUACAAGGUCGCCACUGUGCUGCAGCCCGCGUUUGCCACCCUCAAGGACGACAAGGCGCGCGCCACGGCCGUCCUGGCCGCCAUCAAGGCCGCCGCCCCCGGCAACUCCAAGGUGUCUCAGCUUGAGAAGCAGCUGGCGGCGCCCUUUGAUCCUUACGCCGAGUAG